AUGUGCAAGUAUAAGGACACGUCAUUCUGUUGCGAAAUGUUACCAAAUUUUGGCAAAUUGUAUCUUGCAAUUUACGAUUUGGAAGAAGUCCAUAGGUCAAGUGUAGCAUUGUUGACGAGUGGUAGCAUGAGAGGAUGCUGGCAUGAUGGUGGUCCUUUGGACGGAAGAGGUGAUACAAUGCCAAGUCGUAGUCGUGGUCGAGGUCGUUCAAGACGCAAUGAUCAAAAUAUUGAUGUUCCGCAGACUGUCGAUAUGAGACGAUCUGAUUGUUCUACUCAGUCACGGAACUUGGAAUCGGAAAACGACUCCAAUGACAGUUCACAUUCCGCGUACAGAAAUGUUUCGUCACAGUCUUGCUUCCGAAAUAUCCAAAACAAUGGAAGGUUCUCAAAUAUACAACACAAUGGAAGAAUUUCAUCAAUUCAUUCUCCAUGCAUACUUCCAAAGUUACCACCGGCCAAAAUACAGCAAAAAGUUAGUGUAAAAACGAAUGUUUAUGCAUUGGAAAUAACAGAUCGCAUCGUUUAUCGUUAUGAUGUACGCAUCGAAACGUGUUGUGGAAGACCUCGUACUGCCAAUGUUGUAAAAGUAAACUUAUGUCAUGGAAAGCAGGACCCAUAUCGAGCUAAGAAAUGUAUGUUUUUAAUCGACAUGGCAUUGAGAAGAUAUCGACAACUUAAUGAAUUUGCAUAUGCGUACGAUUUAUCGAGCACUUUGUUCACUAAUCAAUCAUUGGACUUAAAGGAGGUAUCUGAAAUUACUAUGUCAUCCAAUAAUUUGCAAGAACUGCAAGAAAUGUUUGGUAGUAACAUCAACAUAAGUAUAAACAUUAGCGAAUGUCGAGAAUUUGCUCGCUCAUUUCAUACAUCAGAUUUCAACUCAUCGAUCACUCCCGAUUUAUUGGCUCAGGAUCAUUCCUUGCGCCAAUUUUAUGAAAUCCUAACAAACCAGUACGGUUUGCGGAGUGAAUCGUAUUUUUCUUUUGGUUUCGGUCGCUUAUAUCAAGAAAAAGACAACAUGAAAUUGAAAAAUGGAGUUAAACUCUCCAUGGGUGUCGAUAAAAGUGUCCGUUUUGUCGAAGGCAACCAAUCAACUGGUUUAGUUCCUGCAUUGGUACUUGAUGGGAAAAAAACACCAUUUUUCAAGGAAGAAAGACUGAUGAAUUUUGCUGCUGAAAUAUAUGAGCCAUACUCACUAGUUCCAUCUAUCCCACAUUUGAAUGAAAGAAAAUUUGCGGAUUUUGUACGAUGUGUUGAACGGACGGUCAAAGGUAUUCGUCUUCUUCGCUUAAAUAAUACUAAGACAUUUACUGCAAGUGGCUUAUCGGUGCAACCAGUAAGAAAUCUUAGAAGUGAACAAAUGCCGCUAAUGGAAGCAUAUAAAAGACUGGGAAUUGAUAUCAGACCUGAUUUGCCAGCUGUUGUUUUGAAAUCGCGCUCUGGUAAAGUCUUUUUCCCAUUUGAAAUUUUAUAUGUUGCACCAAAACAAAAGGUCUCAGAUGCAAAGCUCCGGCCGGACCAGAAGCAAGCCUUAAUGAAGAGUGCUGUCAUAGCCCCGGACAUACGAUAUAAAGAAAUAAUACGACAUAUGGAAGCGUUAAAUUUGAGCGAAAGCAAAUAUAAUCCUGUUUUGGCAGCAUUUGGAGUUCGAAUUAGUAGGAACCCAAUAGUGGUUGAAGCUAAUCGUCGUGCACCACCACGCAUUUCCUAUAACUCGAAGUGUACCAUAAAUGUUACACCCAAUAAGGCUAGCUGGAACCCCGGGAAUAAUCACUUUGCAACUCCAGCAAAAAUUGACAAUUUUUAUUUCUUUUAUGACAAGGGCUGUGAUGAAAAUGUUAUAACGAAUUUUUUCCAUUCAAUUUACAAUACUGCAGUAAAGAGAGGUGUAAAUUUCAAUAAAAAAUUCAAAAAAGAAGUUUGCGCAAAUGAGUUGGAGGAAAAUAUAAAAAAAAUGAUAACGGAAUCACCCAAAGCAACAAAUUUCUUCAUGUAUGUUGAUAACAAUGAACGUACUCAUGGUCAACUCAAGCUGUAUGAAGCACUUUAUCAAGUGGUCACGCAACAUGUGAGAUAUUCCACUGUGAGAGAUAAGGCACACUCAUUUGAAAAUAUCGUCAACAAAAUGAAUGUAAAAAAUUUUGGUCACAAUUAUCAUACUAUACCAGAACAUUAUGCAAUUAAAAGAUGGUUAUCAAGUGGUAAUACGCUUGUUAUUGGAUAUGAUGUUUGUCAUCCGGAAGCGCAGCCUGCAGUUGACCGCCGUCUGAGUGUGGUAUUUGAUCAACCAAGUGUUAUUGGGUUUUCCUUUAAUGCUGCGAAGGAGCCAGAAACUUUUAUUGGGGAUUACGCAUUUCAUGAAGCAAAACAGGAGCAAGUCACUAGUUCCAUUCUCGAAGGCCGAAUGUUUCAUAUUUUAAAAUUAUUCCAUAAAAUGCGUCACAAGUUGCCGACGUUAAUUGUUGUCACACGUGAUGGUGUUUCAGAAGGACAACAUAAAAUGGUGAUGAUGGAGGAAUUGGAAGCUAUACGUGCUGGAAUACAAAAUUAUGCCGAUUUUUCUAAAGAAGCAAAAUAUAAGCCAAAAAUAGUACUUCUUAUUGCUGUAAAACGUCACAACAAGCGAGAAAUUCAAAAUUGUUUGCCUGGAACCGUUAUUGAUCAUACGGUAACCCGUGUCGAUGCAACAGAAAUUUUUUUGCAAUCACAUAAAGUAAUAAAAGGAACAGGCAAAAUUCCAGCUUACACACUGUUAGUGAAUGAAGCUGACAUGGAAAUGGAUGAGUUACAAGCAUUUAUCAACGCCCUUUGCUAUAGUCAUCAAAUUAUCACUUCAGCAGUUUCAUUACCAGAGCCAAUUUAUCAAGCAGACGAAUGGGCGAAAAGAGGACGCAAAAAUUUCCAGGCUAUGUACCAGCAAAAAUGUAAGAGUUUACCACGCAAACGAAAUGGAAAAGUGGAUUGGGACAAAGUAACGAAUGAACUUUGUUAUAUGGAUCGCGAGCUCGAAUUAACACGAUCAAACGCCUAA